UUUGCGGGUUUCACAGCACAGUUUCUCAGCCUGCCAUCGACGGGGGUCGCUCCUCAUAGUUGGUGAUUUUUAAAAAAAAAAAAGGAAACAGCCUGUAAACAUAUGGAAAUAGCGACAAAACGGAGGGACAGUUCUCACCGGUGGCGAAGCGUACUCCACUCCUCUCCCCCUCCUCAUAUGAGUUGCUGAAGAGGGAGGAAAGGGACAGCUUGUGCAUCUCACGGUCUUCCUCAUCUGGCGUCGGAGGGGCACGGCUGUGCGUGAGCCAUGACUCUGAGCUCAGAGAUGUCGGAUGCCUCCAUCCUUUCGGAAGAGACCGACAUAGACGUGGUCGGAGAAGGCGAGGAUGGGGACAGCCAGACGCGCUCCUACGUGGAUGAAGUAGCGCAGAUGCACGACGGUAUCCUCCUGGCCGGCUCUCCACCUCCGUGCCUGGACAGCUCCACCUCUUCAAGGGAUACCUACAAGCCGGCGGGCAAGAACACCCUGGUGAAGCCACCUUACUCCUACAUCGCCUUAAUCACCAUGGCCAUUCUUCAGAGUCCCAAAAAGAGGCUCACACUCAGCGAGAUCUGCGACUUCAUCAGCAACCGCUUCCCGUACUACAGGGAGAAGUUCCCGGCCUGGCAGAACUCCAUCAGGCACAACCUAUCCCUCAAUGACUGCUUCGUUAAGAUACCGAGGGAGCCCGGGAACCCAGGGAAAGGCAACUACUGGACUUUGGACCCGGAGUCGGCUGAUAUGUUUGACAACGGAAGCUUUCUGAGGCGGAGGAAACGCUUCAAGCGGCAGCAGACGCAAGACCUGCUGCGCGAGCACAACACUUUUCUGCCCGCGGCCGCUGCCUAUGGCUACGGACCGUACGGCUGCGGGGGAUACGGCAUCCAGCUCCAGUCCUAUCACGCACACUCUGCGCUUUUUGCUUUCCAGCAGCAGCAGCAGCAGCAGCACCCGAGGCAUUCACACGCACACUCGGGGACCAUUAUCCCUGCACCGUCCCUGAUGCCCACCAGCACUACCACGGACUUAACCAGGAGUAGAUUUUAUCCCCAGCUCAGCUCCAGUCUGGGCUCAGCCGGCGUGCAGGCAGCAUCACCGGUGCAGAAGUCGAGCUCCCCGGUGCAGCGGUCCCCCUUCUCCAUAGAGAGCAUCAUCGGAGGGUCGCUUAGCCCCUCCAGGACUUCUCCUGUCGUUGUCCCGGUCUUACCGUCCUCUCUGGGGCCUGCAGCGGCCAGCCAGCCGCAGUCCAUACAUCCUGGAGCUGUUUUACAUCCGGUUGAAAACUUUCCGAGCAGAGUUGUCAGCGGCACUAGCGCCUGUUAAAUGUCUUAACUCCAAACUUUUCAAGACACUUAAAAAAAGAGACAGCAACCUAAACAAAAACGCCCCUCUUUGAAGGUAGGAUUAUUUUUGUAUGUUUGUUUUGCUAGCACGCAGCUGAAUGAUGGACAUGCAGAACACUAUUUGUGCCUAUAUAUUCAUGCUGUUCAUGAAGAUAUAUUUAAGUUCAUUAUUUUUGUUUGUUUAUUUCGGUGUGAAUCAGACUUUCGACCACGAAUUUAACUUUCCAGCCUUUUUUUUUUUUUGUAAUUUCCUACCAUGAAGUGAUUCGUUUUCAGUCACUGUAUAAAGGCGUCUCAGGAUAACGGACAGGUUACAAACGAUCACGUGUCUGAAACAGGCUUAUAAUGUAUUUGUGUCAAACACAUCAAUGUUUUCUAUCAGCCAAUCAAAGCGACCUUUUUUGAAGGUUUUGAUUUGAUGUUUGUAUUAAAGAGAAACGCAGAGCAAAGUCAUACAUUUAUAAUAAUAUGCAGUGUGUUUAUUUCAGUAAUUAAACCUUGUACAUUUUUGGCAAGUAUUGUGUAAUUCAAGUGUGAUAUUUUUACACAGUUUAUUGUUUUUUUUUCAACAAGAAUAAAUUUCUUUUUGCAAAAAUAAGAAGAAAAAAAGUAAUUUGUUUGAAAA